ACAGCUUUCAACAUUAAAUGCCCCUCUCUCUCAGUACAGACUACAGACAGUGUCUAAGGAGGGCCCAAUUGUUUUGGGCCGCUUAUAUUCUGACCCAAAAGUAACAUCAUAAAUCCCCAAAUCUCUAGUCUUAACUCCUUUUAACCCUAAUUAAAAUUUUAGAAGAUACAUCGUAUCUAUCUCGAGAGAUCAUCAUCAUCAUCAUCAUCAUCACUUUUCAAUUGGACGAUGAGUUCAGAAGAUAUCUUCGAUUGUAUACUCCGCCUAGAGGAAACACACAUACAACAAGGCUUCGACGAAGGUUACGAAGCGGGUCUUGUCUCGGGUCGGGAAGACGCUCGUCAUCUUGGAUUGAAACUCGGGUUCGAGACUGGCGAGCUUCUCGGAUUCUACAAGGGCUGCUCUUCCCUCUGGAACUCACCUGCUCUCCUUGCUCACUUGUCUCCUCAGCUCCACAAGCACCUCCACGACUUCCAAGCCUUGCUCGAUAAGUUUCCGAUGAUGGAUCCAGAGGACGAAACCAAAGACGAGAUCAAGGAUGGUCUCAGGGUCAAGUUCAACAUCAUAUGCGCAUCUCUCGGCCCAACAAAGAAAGCUUUUAUUUUAUUUGUUUAUUUAUCUUGGUCGGAGGAGGAGAUGUUGAGGAGAGAAAUGCUUGGUUGUUGCAAGGUUUAUAUAUCUGAAGCGAGGAACAAGACUGCCCUUGAAGCUAUCGAGAGAUCCGCAAAGACUUUUCCACCAGCUGCGAUUGUCAACAAGUUUGAAGACGCUGCUUAUGGUAGGGUUGGGUACACUCUCGUCUCCGCUCUAGCUCACGAGGGGUCGUCAUCUUCUUCUCCCCUGAAGAGUGCGGUCUUUGCGAUGGUUAAGACUGCUCUCGACGCGAUCAACCUCGAGUCGCAUUGUGGUUCCCAUCCCCGGCUUGGUGUGGUCGACCACAUAUGCUUUCACCCUUUGUAUGAGACCUCUAUUGACCAAGUUUCUUCCGUUGCUACUUCCUUGGCCAGGGAUAUCGGAUCCAUUCUCAGAGUUCCUACGUAUCUAUAUGGAGCAGCACAUGAGGAGCAGUGCACGCUGGAUUCGAUAAGAAGGAAGCUGGGGUAUUUCAAGGCGAACAGGGAGGGACAUGAAUGGGCAGGUGGGUUGGAGUUGGAGGUGGUUCCUGUCAAGCCAGACGCAGGGCCACAGGAGGUGAGCAAAGCCAAAGGGGUUGUGGCGAUUGGGGCGUGCGGGUGGGUCAGUAACUACAACGUGCCAGUCAUGUCAACUGAUCUCAAGGCGGUGAAGAGAAUUGCGAGGAAGGCAAGCGAGAGAGGAGGAGGCUUGGCUUCGGUGCAGACGAUGGCUCUGGUGCACGGGGAAGGAGUGAUAGAGGUCGCUUGUAACUUGUUGAAUCCAAGCCAAGUCGGAGGAGAUGAAGUUCAGGGACUGAUCGAGAGGCUUGGCGGAGAGGAAGGUCUGAUUGUGGGAAAAGGGUAUUAUACGGACUAUACAGCCGACCAGAUCGCUCAAAGGUAUAAGGAGUUGCUCAUCUGUUGAUAUAAUACAAUGAGUUGUUUGUUUGUGUUCAAGAUGAGAAAUUUUAAAGUCAAAAACAAUUUGUUGUCAUUCCCUUAUCUUAUAGAAUAUUCAUUAGAUUUUGCGGUUGCGUUUUUCUAAAUU